AUGUGUCUAUUUUAUGAGAAAAAGGUAGAGGCAACUUUGUCCCAGUAUCCCUCAGCCUCAAAACCAGAAACUCAAUACUGUCCAGAGCAGCCUAACAUUUACAAAUUUAAAAACCCAUUUGAUUAUUUAUAUCUUCGUGUUAGAUUCGCCUUUAAAUUAUGCUUCGCUUUCGUACUUCAACAAAGGCGGCAUGAAUUAAAAGCAAUUAGGCAGGAAAAAGUGAAAUGUUUCCUAAAAGAAGGUUUUUAUCCUUUCUCGGUCAAUAUGAAACAAAAGUGGUUAAUGAAAAGGUUCACUUUUAAAUGGAAUACUUUAAAUAAUCAAAACGGUGGAAUAUUCUUCUUGAAGAGUAAUGUGGUUUUUAAAAAAGCGAUGUUCUAUAAUAACUUACUAAAGUUUAAUUCUAGAGCCAAAAAACAAAAGAUAAUCGUCAAUCUAGGUGGAAAAGACAGGAGGUUUUACACAGGUGGAAUUAGUACCAAGCCUCUAUUUUGUCAGGAAAGGAUUGGUUUAUGGAGUGUAGUGUUAUUCCUUUCGACAAGCAAAACACAUGAAGAAGCUUUCACAGCUGUUGUUUAUUGUUUACUACACGAAAAAAUCCCACGAACUUAUUUGCCACUCACCUUACAAUCAGUAAACGCUAUCACCUGCGGUCUGAUAGUAUUUUUAUGUAUCAUUAUGAUCAUCAACAAAGAUUUUGCUUGCCUUAUCGUUUUACAGGAAAACAUUCCGAAUUAUUUUAGACAAAUUCAGCAUCACCUUUUUUUCCUUCCUUCUCUCCAUCACAAAGUUAGAAUUGGGCAAAUGAGGCUCUGUGAAGGCUUCCUCCUACGGCUGAGUUUUAUCGAAUCUGGAUUUUUGAUCCCGACUGAAUUAAAUGGAAAGAGCAAAAAUGAGACAACUUUUUGGAAGUGGGAGCUGACUUCUUUCAAUUUUGAAUAA